UUGCGAACCAGUGCGCAACGAGAAACCAACAGAAGAGCACGAAGGGGCACAGCGGCGAAUCCGAGACUCCAACAAAAUCAGUUCGGCAUUCGAAGGGACACGGUGUCGUCGUCGUCGCACGCCCGGCCUUCUCCCUUACUCGAUAACUCGCGUAAAUGCUCGUUCAUCUCGCGAUAAAACCAUCAUGCUUAAGUGUUACCUAAUAAUUCUCUCUUUUGUGCCGUAUGUCUUAUCGGAAUCCUGCCCGGUAUUGUGCACGUGCAAGUGGAAAAACGGAAAACGCACGGUGGAGUGCAUGGAGCGCGGACUUAUCAAAAUUCCGGAAAAUGCCGAUCCGGAAACCCAAGUGUUGGAUUUAAGUGUGAACAACUUACAAAUCCUCCCUAAGGACACCUUCCUACGAUCGGGCCUAGUCAACUUACAGAGAGUCUUCCUAAAAAGUUGUCGCUUAGGCCAAAUUGACCAGCAAGCCUUCAGAGGAGUCACCAAUCUAAUUGAACUGGAUUUAUCCAGCAACCUCCUUACCUCUAUCCCCUCCAACACAUUCCAAAAUACGCCGUUCCUGAGGGAACUCUAUCUAGCCAACAACCCUAUCCAGAAAAUUGACCCAAAGGCCUUCAGCCACCUCCACCACCUCAUUAAGCUGGACAUAUCCGGAUGUGAGAUUAAAAUGGUGGCUCCAAGGGCUUUUGAAGGCAUCGAGGGGCUUGAGAGCUUAAAAAUCAACGAUAAUCAUUUAUCAGAGUUGCGCCCUCACACCGUUGAAAUACUAACCAAGCUACAUGGAAUUGAGCUUCACAACAACCCUUGGCAUUGCGACUGUAGACUAAGGACUGUCAAGGAGUGGCUUACCAUCAACAACAUUCCUUACACCAUUCCCCCAAAAUGCCUGGGGGGACCCGAACGCCUUAUAAGAAGCUCUUUGGCGGACCUCCACAUGGAUGAUUUAGCUUGCAAGCCUGAACUGUUACCAGUUAGUAGAUUUAUCGAGUCUACUGCAGGAGAAAACGCUACUGUAGCAUGCAGAGCCAACGCCAUACCACCUCCAGUAAUAAAAUGGUUUUUCAAUGGUAAACUGUUAACGAACAAUUCCAAAUUCUCCACAAACCAAGGGGUUCAGAUCUACGAAACUGGCAAACAAGAAAAGAGAAGUAUUUUGGUCAUCAGCAACGUCCAAGAGGGCCAGGACCUGCAAGAGUUCUACUGUGUAGCAGAGAACCGUGGAGGAAGCAUGGAAACUAAUUUCACGUUAAGGGUCGUGUCGCGUCCUUUAGGGAUCACUUCCUUGGAUAAUGGACAGAUUGCUGGAUUGACUGCCGCCCUGGCAAUACUAAUUCUGCUCAUCACUGUGGUGGUGUUGAUUUUACUAGUGCGCAUCCGUAGACACCCUUACGUCGAGACGAAAACCCCCAGGCAACUGGAAGUGAUCACCGUGGUAAAUGGGUGCAAAAACAAGAUAAUCUCCCCCACGAAACCUCUUCCAGAAUUCAACAACGUCUGUGACCCACCGCAGAAGCCUCCCCGAUCAGAUCUCUCUCCUCCCAACCCGGACCUCCUAAACGACUUCCAGCCCCAUCCAGAUAGUCAGGAUUAUAACGGGGAUUAUACCAGGGCGGAUUCACUUUAUCCAUCCAGCCUCUGGGAUGAUACUAGCACGGCAACCAACAAUCCAGGAUUUAUAUUUGACGAUAAGCCGCAGUACCCGCAGGAUUACGGGUUACCGUUGCCGGAGGGUUCGAAGAGCGUGCAAAGGGUGUGGCAGAAGGGUGCGGUGCCAGUGCUACCCCCGGUUACAGCCCUGAAGAGGGUGUUGAACAGUAGGAAUUCGCCAGAUGAGGGGUAUCAGGAGGGGUGCGGUACCGAUGUGUAGAGUGUUAGGUGAGGUUUUUCGAUACCAAAGACUGUGGGUUCCUAGAGAUGAUUUGUGAGAUUUUUUGGGUGCUGGGAGGAUCAGCAGAGUUUAUGUAAGGGAGGGAUGAAACAAGACGCUGGUGUAUUAAAAUUGGGUUAAAAGCUUUUUAGUGUAAUUAAAAAAUUUGCAAAUUUUAAGUUCUGCUCUGAACAGUCUGGAAUAAAUAGUACUUUUUUUAUUUAAAUUAGUGUAUAAGAGAGCAAAACAGUAGUUUUUUUAUUUUUUUUUCGACUUUCUAAAUGAUUUAAAAAAUAUAUAUAUUUUAAAAAAUUAUAAAAAUAGUCAUGGAUUGGCUAUAAAAAACCUAAAAAAUUUCCUUAAAAAUAUUUUUUAACUUUUUUAUCCUCAAAUGCUAACAUUUCUUUUAAAAAGUUGCAAGUUUAGUCCUGAAUUUUCUAUUAAAAACAUUAUAGGACAGUAUAA